AUGAAAUCAAUAAAUAAUUUUAAUAAAAUUUUUGAAAGUAAUAUAAGUAAAGAUGGUAAAAGUUGUAAAAUUGAAAAUGUUAAAAUAAAGCAAUCAAGUUGUCCAAAUCUAAUAAAGUUAUUAAAAGAGAAUUCAAGUAUUUCAAAUUUAACUAUUAAAUCAUGCAGGCUAAAGGUAUUACCAAGCGAAAUAUCUACGUUAGGGGGAAAUUUAAAAAAGUUACAUAUUGAAGAUAAUAAAAUUCAAGAGAUACCCAAUUUAGAGCCGUUAGAGCAAUUAGACGAGUUAAUUUUAUCAAAUAAUGACAUUAGUAAAUUUCAAGUAUCGAUUAGUAAAUUACCAAGUCUUAGAGUUUUAGAUCUUUCUUAUAAUCAAUUGGGUACCAUACCGGUUCGUUUAUUUAGUCUUAGUUCAUUAAGGGUUUUAAUAUUGGAUCAUAAUCAAUUUAGUCAUUUUCCAUCACAUCUUUGCGAAUUGCAACAAUUGAACACGCUUGGCUUCAGUGAUAAUGCAUUAAAAUCUAUACCCAGCCAAAUAGGACAAAUGACAGGAUUAAAGAAACUGAUUUUAUCUGGAAAUCAAUUAGAGUCAGUGCCAACGGAAAUAUCUUUGCUCAAAUCAUUAACUUAUUUGGACUUAUCAUCGAAUUGUUUAACUUCAUUACCAUCGGAGUAUGGCAAGCUUUGUGGUUUAGAAUAUUUAUUACUUCAACAUAAUAGACUUCGUCAAAUUCCUGAUGAGAUAGCUGUUGGGUGUACAUCUUUGGUGUCUCUUCGUGUAAAUAAUAAUACCUUAACUGUGUUGCCAUCAACUAUUGGUCAACUUUCUCAUAUGUCAGAGUUGUACUUACAAGAGAAUCGAUUAACAACUUUACCUGCAGAAAUUGGGUCCUGUGUACUAUUAAAGAAACUUCAUUUGGAAUAUAAUAAAAUCAUAUCAUUACCAGAUGAAGAAAUGUCAAAAUUAAAUUGUUUAAAUGUUCUCACUUUACACGAUAAUCAACUUGAAGAAUUACCAACAUUUUUAACA